CGACGAAUUACGACGUGAGAUGGAUUUCAGACUCACACGUCUAAAAUUACAUACAUUGCACUCCUGGUUCGCCCUCGGAUAAGCAACCCUACCUUUUCCGCAGGCCGGAAAACUACUAUAACCCGGCUCUGUGACGUAGUAUACAAAGGCACUGUACAGCCAGUCAUCGUGCCAGGAUAUCUUCCAGCAACAAUUCUUCAAGAUUAUCGCAUUUCUUGACCAAGCACCAGGAACGCUAUUAUAAACUCUUCAUCCUGCUAUGAUGACCACCCGACAACCCCACCAACCCAAACCCAAAGCCAUAAUCUUCGACCUCCUCACCGCCCUCCUUGACUCCUGGUCCAUCUGGGACGCCUCCACGCCCACCGGCACCUCCCUCGAAGGUCGCAAGUGGCGCAAGCAAUACCUCGAAGUCACUUUCGGCAGCACCGUCUACGGGCCGGGUAGCACCUACGAGGAGCUCGUUGCGCGGUCGGCAGCGGAAUCUGGACUGCCAACUUCAGCACCUGAGGCUCUGCUUCGGAAUUGGACGGAUUUAAAAGCCUGGCCGGAGGUGGGGCGCGUGUUGAGGGAGCUGAGGGGAAAGGGGUAUUUACUUGGGGUCGUCACGAAUUGCUCGAAGGAGCUGGGGCAUGCGGCUGUGAGGAGUGCGGAGAGGGCUGCUGAAGAGGAGGGAGAAGGGAAGUGGAAGUUUGACGCGGCGGUCACGGCGGAGGAGACGGGGUGGUAUAAGCCUGCGGUGCAGGCCUACCAUGGGAUUCUACCGCUGUUGGGUGAGGAUGUGAGGCCUGAGGAUGUGCUUUUUGUGGCUGGCAGUGCGGGAGAUGUUGUAGGGGCGACGAAGGCGGGGUUUAGGGUUGUGUGGAAUAAUCAUGUGGGUUUGGAGAGGAAGGGCGAUGUGCUGCCGUUGAGGGAGGGUAAGAGCUUGGAUGAAGCGUUGGCAGACUUCUUGUGAGCAAAGAAUCCAGCGACAAAACAUCCAAAGAUACAUCUAGCAUUGAAGAGCGGCCUCUCAGUCGUUAGCAUAACACAUUCAGCAAUACGAUUAAGGCAGCAAGUGAUGG